AUGCAUUUAGUGAUGGUUGCGAGUCCUUUUGUGUUCAUGACUCUGUUUUUAUCACUGGCUGAAACCAAGUUCUACAGACCAUUCCAGCAUAAAGCUGGGCUCAGUCACUACCAUGACCAAGGGAAACCCACCAGCAGACACAAGAACCACUGUGCCUAUGUCACUGAAAAGACAGUUUCCUUCACCGUGCAGGAUGGGGCAGCCCCCUACGUAAAAGCUGAGUACAACAAGUGUUCCUGGGGUCAGAAAUGUCCAACUCUGAUGUAUCGUCUGCUUUACAAACCAAUGUAUAAGGUGGCACAUAAAACCGUCACAGAGCUGGAGUGGCGUUGUUGUCCAGGCUACUCUGGUUAUGGCUGUAUGGAGCCAGUUUACCAACACCCUAUGAAAAUGAUGCCGCCAUUCAAGGGCCCGCCAAUGAAAGGCCCACAGUUUAAGGGACCACAGUACAAAGGUCCCAUGUUCAAGGGUCCCAUGUUUAAGGGACCACCUAUUAACACCGCUGUGAAAGCCAACCCAUGGAGUCAACCCAAAGGACCGCCCACCAGCAGUUUUAACCCCUACCCAAUGCCUCACUUUGGACCGCCGAGGUCCUCCUCCUACCCAGACACCUCCUUCGAGCCCUACCCGUCUGAGCCAGAGCAAGAGCCGAUGCCAGACCAUCAGGAGCCACAUCACACAGAGAAUGACCAAGAACAUGAGCAUAGCCAAGGACCUGAGGAACAUGUACUAGAGGAAAUCCCUCCUCCUUCCCCUGGUGGUGAACAGCCUGAGGGUGAGACCAUAGGUCAGGCUCUAGACAGUGAGACAGAGGAGCGGAUAUAUCGAAUGGAGGAAGAUGUGAGACGUCUAAACCAGGGUCUGGAGACACUGAGGGGGACUAUGAAUGGACUGGAGGACAGUCUACGAGCCUCUCUGAGAGAGGACGCCAACAGGAUGCUUUCAGCUCUGCUCUCUGCUACCCCUGGUCCUGUUCCUGCUCCAGCUUUAGCCUCUAGUCUGUCCACUGUAGGGUUUGCAGAGAUUCCUGGGGGAAAUCUUGAGACUGAGGGUCUAGACGGCAGACACGUGUUUCCAGGCCUUGCAGAACUGAAUGGAAGGGUAGAGGAGCUCAGGACCGAGCUGCAAGCCAAGACAGUAGAGCUGCAGGAACUCAAAGCAACAGUGAUGGGACACGAUGGAGAACUGAAGAAGCUGUCAAAUACAGAAGGAGUGGUAUCGGACUCCAAUAGCAAACUUGGGGGAAAUGCACAGAGGGCUAUGGAGAAGCUGAUGAAUGCCAAGCUUAGUGCAGCCAGGACAGAAAUUCUUGGUGGGUUUGAGAAGCGUGUGGAGAGUGCAGAGGCCCGAUGCGAGGAGAAAGCUGGAGAUGUGCGCCGCCAGUGCCAGAGACAGCAAGGCGAGGGGCAGGAGCAGAUGGAAGACGCUCUGCAGGAAAGUACCGCAGACUUGAGAACAGAGCUAAGAAACCUCCAGGCACAGAUCCACGGUUUAAAGGCUACAGAAAGCUGCUGUGGUAGAAUGAGUGGACUGGUUGAAAGAGUGCAGCUUCUGGAGACAUCAGUGGCAGGCCUCAACCAGUCCCAGGGGCACCUGAGAGUGGAGCUGGGUGGACAUAAGGACCACAUAGAAGGAAUUCUGGAGGGGCGUCUGGGGUACGUUGAGGCCAAGCUCAACCUGACAGGGCAGAUUAAAAGUGAUGAGUCUGGAAGGAGGAGGAGUGUGCCAGACAGAGCCGAGACAGGACAGGGCCUGGAGGCCAGAAUGGAGGGUAAACUGAGGGCUUUGGAGGGCCGUUUAUUGAUAGCUUUGGAGGAGCUGGGCAAUGCCACUACCCCCGCACUGCUGGAGGGUCAUACUGUUCCCACUCUGGAGACAGAACUGGAGUCCCUCCGAAGCAGACUAGAGGUGGAUGUGGACAGGGUGCAGAAACACCUGAGCAGCCUUGAGAUUCUCUGCUCCUCUUCCUGCUCCACAAUGCAAAACCCAUCUGCCAUCCAGGGAGACUCUGCUGUGCCAAGUGCUAACCUGGCAGAGGCACAGAAUGUGAAGGAGGUCCUGGACAUGCAAGAUGACCGUUUGAACACCCUGAAUGUCACACUGCAGGAUAUCCUGAAGCAUCUGACCCUCAUGGAACAACGGGAACAAGCAGAAGGAGAUGCUCCCAUUCAGGGAGAGCUCACAAUUCUCAAGUUUAAUGUCCGCUCUGUCAACCGCACCCUGAGAGGCCUCCAGGAUUCCAUUGGAACAGUUGUCCACCAGGUGGGUCAAGCUAACAGCUCCUGGCAUGAGAGAGAGGCUCGUCUAGCCCAGCAGAUAAAGGGUGUGGUCCAGCUGGUUGGACAUCAGGCUUCCAUGCUUGGGGCAGGUGAGCGCAGACUGACCCGACUUAAAGGUGAGCUGCAUGAGAUGAAGAGGCGGCUUGCAGAGGAGGUCCGGGGGUGCCGGAGCACUGCUAUGGGGGUCCAGAAAGAGGUAACUGAGGUUGGAGGGCGCGUUGCCAGUGUGGAGGACCAGUGCAAGGGCCUAAAUUACUUGGCAGAGGACCUGGAGAGAAUCAGGGAGGAGCUAGAGAGACAACCUAACGGGCUUCUCCUGCAAGUAAAUGGGACUCUCUCCAGCCAUGCUCAACAGCUGUCUGAGCUGAGAGGUGAACUCAGAAACUGCACCUCCAAGGCAGAGCCGACACAACAAAGUUUAGAGCCAAGACGAGGGGACACCUUCUCUUUGAAUUAG